AGAAAGAAAAUAACCACAACACUUGAAGAACACAUCACCACUAGCUAGCUCACAGCAUGCUCAAGAGAGGUGCUAUCACUGUAUCCAUGUUUUCAAACUCCGCCGUGUUAGUGGGGUGGUGCAGGGGACGUAGGAGGCUAAGGAGGCGGAGAGUUGGCACUAUAAGGCUAGGGAAUAAGAAGCGAGGGUUCUGCCUCGUGUCACGGCCGGUGAUCCAGUGGGGUGUCAUGGUGGCUCCCCUUCGAAUGCUGAAGAACAUCAUCAUGGAUAUGGCACCUGAUGGCCGGUUCAUUGAGGCUUAUUACUUGUCUUUACCCUUUUUACGUCCACAAAUAUUUCCUCUAUGUUGAUUCUUCUGGUGUUUAAUUUCCCCUUUUUUCCUUAUUUAAAAUCGUUCGCAAAUCAAUGCACAACAAUAAAAGCAUUAUUUUUUUA